UACCGAAACCACAUAUAAAUUAUAUGCAUUUGUAUAUAACUAAGUAAAUAUAAUUAAUAAUUUGUGUUGUAAUCUUGAUAAAAAUUAGUAUUAAUUCCAAAAUCCACAUUGAUGUGCUGGGAAUGAAUCCAAAAAACAAACCUGGAUGAAUUAAACAAACCUGUGCUCAUUUAUAAAAACGGAUAAUUAAUCAACAAAUGAGAUAACUGUGCGAACCGUAAGCGCCCGGAGUUUUACAACAAAACUAUAAAAAGUUGUCGCAAAACAAAAUCUGUUAAAAUCUUAUUGUAAUCCAUAUUGUAAUACAUAUUGCAAUCCUAAAGACAUUAUAAAAACAAUGUAUAGCCAGUGGCUAACACUACUCCUAUGGGUCGGGAUCGCUAUCAUCGGACUUCAGGCCAGUCCUAACAGCGACCCGCACUUCGUGGCCGACCGGUCGGUGAUCGUACACCUGAUGGAGUGGACGUACGCAGAGGUGGCCACAGAAUGCGAACAAUUUCUCGGCCCUCACGGCUUUGGCGGUGUCCAACUGUCGCCAGUGCACGAGUGCGCUGUCAUCGAUCGUAGGCCGUGGUGGGAACGCUACCAACCCGUCAGCUAUAAGAUUGACUGCCGGUCGGGCAAUGAGACCAGCUUUGCCGAUAUGACCCGCCGGUGCAACAAAGCCGGUGUCCGUAUAUAUGUCGAUGUGGUGCUCAACCAUAUGACGGGCGUUCAGUCGGGUAAGGGAACGGCGGGCGACCCGUACGACGGGGUCGGCGAGAACUACUCGGCCGCUGGGUUCACAUCAGCCGACUUUCACGGCAAAGACGUGUGCCAUACGGCGGACCUCAACAUUAAGGACUACGACGACCCACAACAGGCCCGCAACUGCCAGUUGGGCGGACUCCGGGACCUGAAUCAGGGCCGCGAGAACGUGCGCAAAGCCCAGGCUCAGUUUCUAAACAAACUGAUCAAGCACGGUGUGGCCGGUUUCCGGUCGGACGCCAGCAAACACCAGUGGCCCGAAGAUUUGAAAAACAUUAUCUCACGCCUGGAUCCGCUCAACACCGAGUACUUCCCGGCCAACGCCAAGCCCUUUAUAUACCACGAGUACAUUUCCGGCACCCGUAUCAAAGCCCAGGAGUACACACCGUUGGGUCGGGUCAUCGAGUUUAAGGCGUUUGACAACUUGGGUCACGUGUUUCGCAAGAAAGACAACCAAAAGUUGGCGUAUUUUAAGAACUGGGGGGUUGGGUGGGGAAUGUUGCCCUCAGACGAUGCCCUGAUUAUGGUAGACAGUCAUGACUUACAACGCGGUCAGUCGGGCAACCUCGCCAUCACUAUCACUUACUUUGAGCCCCGGCUGUUGAAGAUGGCCACCGCCUUCAUGUUGGCCCAGCCCUACGCCGUCACCCGUGUUAUGUCCAGCUAUUACUGGCCCCGCACUAUACAAGGCGGCCACGAUAUCAACGAUUGGAUGGGUCCGCCGCACGACUCGGCCUUCAAUAUAGCGCCCGUCAAACGUAUGCCAGACCUGAGCUGUAACGCCAGUGAAUGGAUUUGUGAGCACAGGUGGCGCCAGAUAUACAAUAUGGUUGGCUUCAGGAACGCCGCCGGAGCCGAACCCGUGGCCAACUGGUGGGACAAUGGGAACAAUUCGGUGGCUUUUGGUCGCGGAAACAAGGCUUUCAUUGCCAUCAACAAUGAUGUUCAGCCCAUCGAUGCUAAGCUCAAGACAGGACUCCCGGCCGGCAAUUAUUGCGAUAUAAUCUAG